AUGGCAUGUGAUGUGGGAAAUACAACGCUACAGGAGCCUGGCGAAUCUAAUAUAGUGACUCGGGAGUGGACGAGUGGAAAUAGGGAUAUUGAUGAUUGCAUCAAGGAAUAUCAAAUUAAAUGGAUUCCGUUUGAUACGCUGGUUGAUGUAGAGGUAUUUAAAGAAGGAGACGCCGGCUCGAUAUUUUCGGCAACCUGGUGUGAGGAUGACAAGUUACCUACAUCGCGUAUGGUUGAGUUCAAGGCAUUACCUGGUUCUCAGACAGAAGACCCAAUAGAAUUUAUAAGAGAAUUUAAGAGUUAUAUCAUGUUAGACAGCAGUCAUUAUAAAGGACACGUGUACGGGAUAACUCAAUAUACGAAGACCAAUCAAUAUAUGAUUGUCAAAAUAUAUUCUGGAUCAGGAAGAUGUCCGCAAUGCAAACAAACCAACACUUGUACAGACUGGUGUCAACCGUGCGAUCCAUAUUCAGUGACUCAGGGAUGGAAAAGUGGAAUUGAUUAUAUUGAUGGUUAUCUCAACAGCGUCCAACUUAGUAAUGAAGGAUAUAGUUACAUGAUUGAAUGGAUUCCAUUUGACAGGCUCAAUAAUAUACGAAUAAAAAAACGAUUAAAAUCCGAUCCAUUAUGUUCGGCAAUCUGGUUGGAUGGAUUACGACAAACUAAGGAGUCACGUACAUCACCAUAUACAGUUGAACUCAUGGUUUUGCACAAUAUUCACGCAGGUGCAUUAGAACCUAAGAAAGAGCUUAAAAAUGUAUUAGGGCAUAAUGAUUUUAGAAUAUAUGGGAUAACUCAAAAUACGGAAGCAAAUCAGUGCAUGGCUAUAUUUGAUGAGCACUAUAAUUUAAGAAAUAAAUUUCAUGGAGAAUGUGCACACUGCAAGCGAGACAAUACCUUUUUAUCCUGGUGCAAAUCAUGUGAUCCUUUUAUAGAGAUUCAAGGAUGGACAAGUGGAAAUAAGGAUAUUGAUGAUUGCGUCAAAGAAUAUCAACUUAAUUCUAACAAUUACGAGAAAGGGAUCGAAUGGAUCCCUUCCGAUAGACUAAAUAAUGUACAAAUGAUUAGAAAAGACGAAUUUGAAACGAUAUUUUCAGCAACCUGGUUAGAUGGAGUACGAACACUCAAAUCACUUAAACGUGACGAAGAUUCAUACUCACGAAGUCGUUUACUGUCAUGCAAAGUUGAACUCAAGGCAUUUAACGGUUCUCCGAAAAGUAUCUUGGAAUUUAUAAAAGAGUUUAAAAGUCAUCUGGAGAAUAAUGAUAAUGAUUCGAUAAUACACGGAAUAACUCAGAAUAUGGAAACCAAUCAGUACAUGAUCGUGCUUGAUGAAUUUGGUUCUAUGAGAAAUACUUAUCACCGCAUGUGUGCGCAAUGUUUGCGAAACAAUACUCAUUAUAACUGGUGUAUAUCGUGUGAUCCCCUCAUAGAAACUCGAGGAUGGACGAGUGGAAAUAAGGAGAUUGAUGCUUUCAUCAAAGAAUUGCAACUUAAAUGUACCGGAUAUUGUGAUAUAAUUGAAUGGAUUCCAUUUGAUAGGUUAGAUAAUUUGCGAGUGAUUAGGAAAAAUGGCGCUAAUUCAAUAUUUUUAGCGACCUGGUUAGAUGGAAAGCGAUCUUAUCCUGAAGUUUUCGGUUCCGAUUAUCCACGAACACGUUCACCACCAUGUUCAGUUGAUCUUAAGGCAUUAGGCGGUUCUCAAACGAGCACGUCGGAAUUUAUUAAAGAACUCAAAAACCUAUUAGAAUUAGUGAAUGAUAAACCUCACAUAUACGGGGUUACCCAAAACAAGGAGACAAACCAGUAUAUGAUUGUAUUUGAUGAAUUUGGUUAUUUCAGAUCGAGCUUAUUUGGAGAAUGCGCGCAAUGUGGACGAAGCAAUUCUUCAGAAGCAUGGUGUCAGUCAUGUGAUCCUAGUAUCGUAGUUCAAAGAUGGAAAAGUGGAAAUGCAGACAUUGAUGAUUUCAUCAGAGAACUUCAACUUAAAUCCACAAGUAAUUAUGGAGUGGUUGAAUGGAUUCCAUUUAAUAGGCUAAAUAAUAUACAAAGAAUUGAGGGUGUGGGACCUGAAGUCAUAUUUUCGGCAACAUGGUUAGAUGGAAUACGAACGUAUGAAGAAACCCCUCCCUCAACUUUUAUAAAAUCACGCAUGCCAUGCACCGUAGAACUCAAGGCAUUGCACAGUUCACAACCAAAUUCGCGGGAAUUCACUGAAGAGAUUAACAAUUACGCAAAAUCGAAAAUCGUCAAACUCUAUGGAAUAACUCAAGAUACGGAGACAAAUCAAUUCAUGGUUAUAUACGACGCAAUUGAUUUUAUGAGAAAUCGUGAAUUUGGAAGAUGUGCACGGUGUAGACGAUACAACACUUCGCAAACCUGGUGUCAGUCAUGUGAUCCAAAGAUUAUGGUGGCUCAAAAAGAUUGGACGAGUGGAAAUAAGGACAUUGAUAGUUGCAUCAGAGAAUUUCAAUUUGAAUCCACCGAGUACGAAAAAGUGAUCGAGUGGAUUCCAUUUGAUAGGCUGAAAAGUGUGGCUAUAAUCGGAAAGGGUGGAUUCAGCGCCGUAUAUUCAGCCAUAUGGAUGGAUGGUGCACGAAAAUCUAAAUUUGGUAGUCAAUCACGCAGCGAUUCAUGCGUAGUUGCACUCAAGACUUUACCUGGGUCUCAAACAAAUUCUUCUGACUUUUUAAGAGAGUUCAGAAAUCAAAUGGAAUGUAGAUUUGAGGGUAGUUCUCUUGAAGUAUACGGGUUAACUCAAAAUCCUACAACCGGUGAAUAUUUGAUGGUAUAUCAAUAUGCAAAUAGGGGAAGCCUUCAUGGUUUUAUAACAUCAAAUUUCAAAGGGCUUACAUGGAACAGUAAAUUGUGUCAACUUUGUGAUAUAACCAAAGAUUUGACUCAAAUUCAUAAAGCUGGAUAUAUUCAUAAUGAUUUUCACAGCGGUAAUGUUUUGCUAAAUCAGUAUGUUGGUGGAACAACAAAAUGUUAUAUCGCUGAUCUAGGAUUAUCUCGAAAAGAAAGUGAAUCUGAUUCGGAAGAUCACAUUUACGGAGUUAUGCCUUACGUCGCUCCAGAAAUUUUGUCUGGCCAACAAUACGCAAAGUCGGCUGAUAUUUACAGCUUAGGUGUAAUGAUGGCAGAAAUUUCAACCGGGAAUCGACCUUUUGACGGUCUUCAAUUUGACACGAGUCUUGCAUUGGAUAUUAUCAAAGGAUUAAGACCAGAAUUUGCUCCCGGAACUCCCGAUUGCUAUGUUGAAUUGGCUAAGAAAUGUAUGGAUUCAAAUCCAGAAAAACGACCGACUGCUGAUGUGGUCCAUUCAACAAUUUAUAGAUGGUGGCAUGAUAUGGACCAAGAAAAGUGUGAGACAACGCAAAAAUUCAAAGCUGCCGAUCAAAUGAUCCAAAAAUUGCCAAUUAUCUCGCAAAAACACGAAAGUUUUAUGUAUACUAGUAAAGCCAUCAACACAAGGGAAAUAAAAAAAGCCUAUUAUUCCACAACAACAGAUUCGGCUCAAAUAAAUCUCUGCAUUUCUGAAGAAUCAAUGUUCGGUACGUAUUAUUGA